CUUCGCUAUCCUGUCAUGAUGACCACAGGCUUUUGUGUACAGCUGACUAUUAGUUCCUGGGUUAGUGGCUUCACCAUCUCCAUGGCCAAAGUUUACUUUAUCUCCCAGGUUUCUUUCUGUGGCAAUAACAUCUUAAAUCAUUUUUUCUGCGACGUGUCACCUAUUCUCAAACUGGCCUGCAUGAACUUAUCUAUGGCAGAGAUAGUAGACUUUGUGCUAGCAAUUGUCAUACUUGUGUUUCCUCUCUCAGCCACUGUCCUUUCCUACGUCUUCAUCAUCUCUACCAUCUUACACAUACCCUCAGCCACUGGACAGCAAAAGGCCUUCUCCACCUGUGCAUCUCAUCUUACAGUGGUCAUCAUCUUCUACACUGCUGUGAUUUUCAUGUAUGUCCGACCUCGGGCCAUUGCUUCAUUUAAUUCUAACAAACUGAUCUCAGCAAUAUAUGCAGUCUUCACUCCCAUGCUCAACCCUAUCAUCUACUGUCUGAGGAACAAGGAAGUCAAGGAUGGCAUUAGGAAAACCAUAGCAAGUGGACAAGCCCUUUUCUUGAGAGAUCCCCCUUGCUGA